UUCAUUUCCCUAGCAACAACAAAGCACGAAAAUGGCUCUUCAAGAUGAUGGAGACAAACCUAAAAGCAAACGCAUGUUUAUUAACCAGGUGGAUGCUUACCACGGAAAGAAUUUAGCAAAGUUUUUAUCUAGGUGUGUAGUUGGUGCAUCUUUAGAAGAGCAAGAAGAGGAAGAUGAUGCCAGAUCAACUAGCAGUUCUAUUAUUGCACUACCUAAAGAAGGAUGCUACGAAAUUGUUGGUACCGUCAAAGAUGCAGAGUCACAAAAACCAGACUUUGUUAAGGAAGUCGUCAAUUUUGAGAAUAAGGACCAGUUAUAUGAACAGCUAGUAGAGUGUGAUGUGAUUGUAUAUGAUAUUACACAGGACCCUGACCAGAUAGAUGAGGCAGUCUGGGCAGUAUCAGAGAUUCAUUCUGACCUGGAUAAAAUAGAGAAACCAAAGAUGUUCAUACUGAUAUCUUCUGUGAUGACUUGGGCUAAAAGUAAAUCUCUAGAUCCUGAUGAUCCAGAGAUUCCCUUCACAGAAGAUGACUACAGAAGGAGGAAACCACACCCUAACUUCAAAGAACAUAUCAGUGCUGAGAAAACUGUUAUCAAACUUGGCAAAACUAACAAAGCUAAGUUGGUGACAUAUGUGGUGGCUUCUGCUUUGACAUAUGGUGCUGAGGAAUCUAUUUUUCAUUACUUGUUCAAAUCUGCCUGGCACAAUGCACCACAACUUUUAUGUUUUGGAGAUGGACAGAAUGUCAUACCUACAAUUCACAUCAAAGAUUUAGCAGGGGUAAUCCAAAAUAUCUCAGAUAGUCGACCAAAAGUGAGAUAUCUGAUUGCAAAGGAUGAUUCCAACAAUACUCUGUUUGAAAUUGUCAAGGCUGUUAGCUCAAAUUUGGGUACAGGAAAAGUGAAAUCAAUCACCAAGGAAGAGGCUUUGUUAAAUAAAGAUAUUGAGCAAGCAGACUUUGACAUGUUGCUAGUAAACCUUAGAAUGGAUGCUGUUAACGUAAAGGAAAACAUGAGAAUCAGUUGGGUUUCAGAAUCUGGAAUGGUAGAUAACAUCAUGCAAACCAUCAAAGAAUACAAAGAUUCAAGAAAACUGCAGCCAUUGAGAAUCUGUGUAUUAGGUCCACCAGCUUCAGGAAAGACAACUGUUAUUCAACAGCUUUGUGAAUUCUACAAGUUACAUCAUAUCAAAAUCAAAGAUGUCAUUGAUCAAGCUAUUGAUGAUCUGAAAGCCCAGGCUCGACGUGCAGAUACUGAGGAGGAGGGUGAGGAUGAAGACGAUAACAAGGCCCAGGAAGCACAAGAAUUACUGGAUCAGAUCCAAGAGGAAAUGGCUGGAAAUAAUAACAAACUGACAGAUUCUAAAGUCUUGCAAUUUUAUAAAGAAAAAUUACAUUCCAUGCCAUGUCAGAAUCAAGGUUUUGUCUUAGAUGGUUUCCCUAAGUUGAAAGAUCAUGUGGAGAAUGAAGAAGAUGGCUUGUUUAAUGCCACAGAUGCAGAAGAAGCAGAGGAAGCAGAUAAGGAGGGGAACUAUGAUAAGAAAUUAAUGCCAGAAUUCAUGUUCUGUUUGGAAGCCACCGAUGAGUUCUUACGUAACCGUGUGAUGAACCUUCCUGAAAGUGUGGUACAUGGUACACACAACACAGAAACUGAACUAAACAGGAGACUGAAAACAUACAGAGACAAUAAUGAUGAAGAAAAUACAGUUCUGACAUAUUUCGAUGAACGUGAAAUUGAUAUUGUUAAAAUAGAUGUAACUAAAGAUGAUUCUAAAAUGAUGAGAGAUACAGUAGAAAAGAUGAGGAAAGUAAUUGGAGGAGCAAGGAAUUAUGGUCCAACACCUGAAGAAUUGGAAGAAAUGAGACGACAAGAAGAAGAAGCAAGACUUAAAAAAGAAACUGAAGAAAGACAAGAAAGAGAAAGAAAAGAAGCAGAAGAAUCUAAUCUUAGAAAACAAAGACAAGAGGAAUGGACAUCAAGACUAAAUGAAGUUAAGAGAGAAGAGUAUGAAUUAUUAGAGGCCCAAUCAAUACCACUAAGGAAUUAUUUAAUGAAACAUGUAAUGCCUACACUAACACAAGGGUUAAUAGAUUGUUGUAAAACUAGACCUGAUGAUCCAUUAGAUUAUUUGGCAGAAUAUCUGUUUCAGAAUAACCCACAAGUGGACUGAUACACUGCCUAUUGACAAAUGACUCUUUUAAUUAAAAUCUGUGAUAAUUGUUAUAGUGCCUACCAUUUAAGCAUUUAGUAUGGCACACUUUUACUUCUUUACAGAUAUUUAUUGUUUGUUUACUUGACAGAAAUAUCAUUCCAUGAAGCAAUGUAAAACCAUCUCUUAUGAAAUGGUUAUUUUUGAAAAAAAUUAUAAUGUUAUCAAGAUAUUUCACAAUUAGUUUGUAUUUCUGUCAUGUUCCGUUGAAAGAAAAUUUGAAAAUAAGAAUUAAGUUAGAAUAUUAUUUAUUCAUCCAAACAUGUUGUGUAUAUAAUGUAAAUAAAUAUAACAUAAUCUGUA